GGCCCCGGCAGAGCGGCCCCGGCACCGAGCAGGGCUCCCGGCCCCCAGGCUCCUCCCUGCCACGAUGCCCCGCGGGAAGAGGGACCCCGUGGUGCCGUCCCCCGCCGASCUGCCCGGCCCCGACGGCGAGGGUYCCMGCACGGGCGGGGACGGUCGGCGCUCCGCGGAGCAGGGGGAGGAGGACGGAUACCUCCCGGGGCUMCUCCGCGACGACCUCACCAAGAGCAUGUCGAGCUCCUCCGUGUCCUCCUACCACUCCGCCCUGUGCUCGGACGGCACGGAGACCUACAAGGACUGCCUGGAGUUCCUGGACGAGGAGGGAUCGCCCGGCCGGGCUGUCCCGGGGCGCUGGGCUCCGCCGGGGGCCCCCAGCGUCCCCCCGCCGCCCGGCCCCCUCGCCCGCCCGCAGCGGGCUCAGCUGUCCAGCGCGGCUAAGAAUAGCCCAGCGCCGGGGCAGGGGGGCAGGAUGGGUCCCCUGGGUGCGGACCGRCAGCCUGUGCCGGCCGCGGCCGCGGGCGGGAAGCCGGCCGUGCCCCGGCAGCCCGGGCCGAUGCUCGGCGGGGCUCCCAGCGACUCGGACGAGGUGGACGGUGAGGUGCAGGCGCUGACGGCCAGGGCUUUCCGCAGCCUCUCGGGGCUCCCCGGAGCUCGCCUCGACAUGUGCAGCUCCCACACCUCCUCCAGCCUCUCCAACUCGCUGUCGGAGGACGGCGGGCGGCCGCGGCGGUGGCCGGCGGGCGCCGGGGAGCCCCGGGGCGCAGCGACGGCUCCGCACGGCAGGCUGGGCUGGCCCUUCCCCGCCGGCGUGGACGGGGAGCUGCUGGGCAAGGAGCAGUUCGAGUGCGUGGACGUGGAGCUGGAGAGCGGAGAGGCCAGGAAGGGCUACGGCAAGAAGAGGACAGUGCCCAAGCGCCAGAUCCUGCUGAAGAGGAAGGAGAGGAAGGAGCCGGGCUUCGGCCCCCGGGGGGAUGGCCCAGCCCCCCAGCCCCCUUCCAGGAAGGAGCCCCCCAGCAAGGGCAGAGCCAUCGGCGAGGACUUCAGGCUCAACUACCAGCAGUUCAUGAAGGCGGCCUCCCUGGACAAUGACACCGACAGGACCAGGGCGGCCUCGUGCCUGGUGAAAAACGUGCUGGCCAAGAAGAUGCAGUACGAGCAGCGGAUCAAGAUGGAGCAGAAGGGGCUGCGGGGCAGCUCGACCUCCUCGGGGCCGUCCUCCGCCGGCACCGACCUGCUGGGGGAUGGCCUGGAGGGCAAGUCCAGCUCGCUGUCCCGCUCGGACUGCAGCUUCUCGGCCGAGGACUUGCGGGGCGGCGGGAUGCCGGCGGCCACGGUGGCCGCGGGGAACACGACCACCACCCAUCCCACCAAGGGCGUGGUGCUGAGCGAGGAGACGAGGGAGACCGUCUGCAACCUGAGGAAGACGUUCAACGAGCUCAACCAGCGGAUGAAGUACCAGGAGGUGCUGGAGGGCCGCUGGCUGCCCGCUGCCCCUGAGGAGCACACGUCGGAGAGGAUCUGCUACCAGCGAGCGCGCGCCUUGUUCGAAGCGCAGCCUGGCGUGGGGAAGGUGCUGGAUGUCGCCCCCAGAUUUGGGAGAGGGCCGAGGCCGUGGCCCAGCUUGAAGGAGCGAGCCAUCGGCCCCAUCCACUCCCAAAUCGUCCCCUUCAAGGCCGAGAGCCGGGCGCACCCCGCCACCGCUCCGCGCCGCCACUUGGGCUCCUCGCGGGCGCAGGAGGUGCGGACKCUGCCGCAGAACCAGCCCGAGAAGCCGCCAGCAGCGCCCCGCCGGCCSCCCAGCCCCGGCGUCCCGGCACCCCGCGGGUCCCCGCCGGCCACGCCGCCCAAGCCAGAAGAGAAGAGCAAGGGGCGCGUCCCGCAGCCCCGGGACGUGCGCAAGCUGGUGAAGAGCAGCUACAGCCUCAAAUUCGGCACCGCCGGCACUUCCCGCGGCACCGUGGCACCGGCGAGCAGCGGGGAGCCGCCCCCGGCCGCCCCGCUGGUCAUCCACUGCGCCUCGGUGCGCCGGCGGGACCCAGCGCCGGGACCGGCGGGGGAGGAGGUGCUGGCAGCCCCCGGCCGAGAGACAGCCCCGGUAUGUGCCGAGGGGUCCGCAAAGCCCACCGCCAGCCGGCCCGCGCCCUCCCACAGCUCCCCCAUCAACAUCACGAGGGUCCAGGCCACGCGGAGAGAAGCGGCCCCCACCGAGGAGCUGCCGGCAUCCCCCCCGCGCCGGGAGCGGAGCGAGCUCAGGGUGCCCCCACGGGCGCCGGUGGCGGAGGGGGUGCCACAUGUGGAGACACAUCUCCACGUCCUGGUGGGCCGGCCGUCCCCGGUGGUCAGGGAGAGCUCCCCGGCCCAGAGCAGCGCGGUGCUGCGGACAGAGAAGACCGUUCUCCUCCCUCCGCCACCGACGAGUCCCGUGGAGGUGAAGGAGGUGCGCGGCCAUGGCGGCACCAGAGCGCUCCACUCCGCCGAGGGGCCGGAGUCGCUGGGGCAGCGGCACAGCGGCAGCGACAGCAGGGACCCCCGCGCCGAAGCCCCGGCUGGCAGCAGCGCCCGCCCACGGCCUGCGGAGCCGGCAGCGAGGAGCGGCGAGCAGCAGCAGGAGCAGCUCGGCGGCCGGCGAGUGUCGGUGGGCAGCGGUGGCUCUGCCGGUGGCACCGCCCCCGCCGCCCCGCUCCGAGCUGGGGAGGGCAGCGAAGGAACCCCUGGGCGGCUACCGGAGCGGAGGGAGGCCUGGGAGUACCCGCCCCAGUGGCCAGCRGCAACUGAGCCCUACCCGCCUGCUGCCCCGGCAGAGAAUUCCAAYUACUUGGCGAUCCCCGAGAGAGCCCCCAAAUCCACGCUGAUGCCAAAGCUGCCCUCGGUCCCCAACCCGGUCACUACAUCCUUGGGGACCCCUGUGGUCCCCAACCCAGGCACUGCAUCAUUUGGGACCCCCUUGUUCCCCAAUCCAUCCAGUGCAUCCUUURGGACCCCUGGGAUCCCCAACCCAGUCACUGCAUCCUUUGGGACCCCCUUGGUUCCCAGCCCAGCCAGUGCAUCCUUUGGGACCUCCAUGGUCACCAGCAUGACCAACUCAUCCUUUGGCUACCUGGCAGCCUCCUGCCUGGCCAGCACAUCUUUUGGGACCCCCUUGGUUUCCAACCCAAACAAGUCUUUUGGGGCUCCUCUGGUCCCCAAUCCACCCAGCACAUCGCAUCCAUCAGUCCCCAGCUCUUUCUUCGGACCUCUGGUUGUCCCCAGUCCAACCGCUCCACCGGGAACUGGUGCGUAUCCCCCUCUCGGUGGGGAAGUGCCCUGGAGCAAGCCCAGCCCUGAUCCUCCCCUACCCCGASCGCCCGAGGGUCCGGCUGCUGUGGAGCCCCCAGCUCAGCCCCACCUCGAGGAUGCUCCUCGUUUCCUCAGGAGGACCGAUGGCCCCUCGCCGAGUGGGAGGAGCAGGCAAAGCCCCCCCAAGCCCUUCUCGGCCCCCCUGCCCCCCCAGCGGAGGAUGCUCGUGGAUCCCAGCAGCGGGAAGUGCUACUACGUGGAGCCRCCUCGGCAGCCCCAGAUGAAAACGCUCUACGACCCCGAGACCGGGCAGUACCUGGAGGUGCUGGUCCCACCGGUGGCGUCACACACCGGGGUCUACCAGGCACCUUUCAACCCCCUGGUCGUGGCCCCGGGGGUCUAUGGCCCACCCUACGGUCCCUACGGCGGCUUCCCGGGACUCCCAGCACCGCCACCCUCCGCCCCCUCGCCGCCACACCCCGACCUGCCGGCUGCCGACAAUCCCGGCGUGCCCGGGACCCCCGGCUCUGCUCCCAAGGGCGAGGGGCCGUCCCCUGCCGGGGGUCCCGACUGCGGCUACCUGGAGAGUCUGUACUACAUCCCCACGGGGAUGCGGGCCAGCCCCGGCCCCGAGCAGCCCCCGGCCCGCGCCAGCCCCGCCGCUCCCGAGAAGGGGUCACUGCUCCGGAUGUGACAGGAUGGACCCGUGUGGAUGUCCCUUCCCGUGGCCGGGCUGUAGCCCAAAGUCAGCAUCACCCUGGCACGGGAGAGCCCCCUGCCCACGGCUGAGCUGGCAAAGCACCGAGGGGCAUUUGGCACUGGUUGGACCUCGCCGGCUUCUGGUGGAAAUAGGGACAAAACCGGUAUUUUCCAGUGUGAGCACCUGGCAGCCCUGGGGGGCAUGGAGGCGUGGACCCCGGCCAGCAAAGGAACCACACUGCUCCUGCUUUCCCCAUCCUKCCAGCCCCAUCCCACCGAUGACCCGGRCUGUUUGGUACAGGGGGGUGAUGGCCUGCCCACCACAGCCACAGCUGCAGCACAGACACCCUAAAAUAGUAAUAAA